AUGCGCCUCCGGUUUGUCCUGUGCGUAAUGGUCGCGUUCGCGUCCCCGUGUCUGCUCACCGACGCGCGCAGAACCAAACGCUUCGCCAUCGGCUGUCCGGAGAAGUGCGACAAGUCCCAGUGCGCGCCGAUCCCCGCAGACUGUCUGGCCGGUGACGUGCUGGACCGGUGCGACUGCUGCCCGGUGUGCGCGUCCGGCGAGGGAGAGGCAUGCGGCGGCAGCGCCGACCAGGAGUGCGCCGAAGGGAUGGAGUGCGUGGUGACCGACGGUGUCGAGGUGUCCGUUACCGUCAGGCGGAGGGGCAAGGCCGGCGUGUGCGCGUGCACCAGCUCCGAGCCCGUGUGCGGCAGCGACGCCGUCUCCUACCGGAACAUUUGCGAACUGAAGCGCGUCAGCAACCGCGCUGUGAAGCUGCAGCAGCCGCCCGUCAUCUUCAUCCAGAGAGGCGCGUGCGGGAAAGGUCAGCAGAACCCAGACAGUCUUCGUUACAAAUACAACUUCAUCGCAGACGUGGUGGAGAAGAUCGCACCUGCUGUUGUUCAUAUUGAACUCUAUCGCAAGAUGGUAUUUUCUAAGCGGGAGGUAGCAGUUGCCAGUGGUUCUGGGUUUGUUGUGUCUGAGGAUGGCCUGAUUGUCACCAAUGCUCAUGUUGUGGCCAACAAACACAGAGUUAAGGUGGAGCUGAAGAGCGGAGCCACAUAUGACGCCAAGAUCAAAGAUGUCGACGAGAAGGCCGAUAUCGCUUUGAUCAAGAUCGACACACCGGUGAAGCUUCCCGUGCUGCUCCUGGGACGAUCGGCUGACCUGCGACCCGGUGAGUUUGUUGUGGCCAUCGGCAGCCCGUUCUCCCUGCAGAACACAGUCACCACCGGCAUCGUCAGCACCACUCAGAGGGGAGGGAAGGAACUGGGUCUGCGAAACUCCGACAUGGACUACAUCCAAACUGAUGCCAUCAUCAACUACGGAAACUCAGGAGGACCACUAGUCAAUCUGGAUGGCGAGGUGAUCGGCAUCAACACCCUGAAGGUCACAGCCGGAAUCUCCUUUGCCAUCCCCUCAGACAAGAUCAGAGAGUUUCUGGCAGAGUCACAUGACCGGCAGGCCAAAGGUAAAACGACACCAAAGAAGAAAUACAUGGGUGUCAGAAUGAUGAGCCUCACACCAGCCUUGGCUAAGGACCUGAAGGAGAAGCAGUCUGAUUUCCCAGAUGUCACCUCUGGAGCGUACAUCAUGGAGGUCAUCAGUCGGACUCCUGCUGAGGCCGCCGGCCUCCAGGAAGGUGAUGUCAUCAUCAGCAUCAACGGCGAGCGAAUCACCUCAGCCAGUGACGUCAGCGCGGCAAUAAAGCGGGACGACACUUUGCGGACGGUGGUGAGGCGAGGAAACGAGGACAUCAUCCUCACCAUCGUUCCUGAGGUGAUUGACCCUUGACCUUUCAGUUGACCAUGCAGCCACUCUUUGCAGUCAACCAAUCAGGAGCUGCCUCUCAGUGUUUUUCAAUCAAUCAUGAACACUUUGAAAAACCAAGCAACUAAUAGGAGAAUGUUUGUGAGGCCACACCUACUGUUUUUAAAAACACGUACGUAAUUAGUACUACUUAUAUGCUGUUACACUCAAAAACAAACAACAACAAAAACCCAAACCUCAGCAGUCCAACUUUAUUCCAGAACCAAAGCUUCAAUGUUGUUGUCAUACUUUUAUAUUUCUUCUAAUUUACUUUUAAUUAAUCUUGCACAUUUUGUAUUCUGGCUCC